ACUGAAGCGAGGGCGAUGCACAACGUGGGUCACGCAGGACUCACCUUCUGGAGUCCAAACAUCAACGUUUUCCGCGACCCACGGUGGGGGAGAGGACAGGAGACGCCUGGCGAGGAUCCUUUGCUUGGAGGCAAGUACGCUGUUGGAUUUGUGCAGGGCCUGCAAGACAAUGUUGAUGAUCCUGUGAAGCUCAAGGUCGCCGCUUGCUGCAAGCAUUACACUGCUUACGAUAUCGACAACUGGAAAGGAGUUCAGCGUUACACCUUCAAUGCUGUGGUUACAGAGCAGGACAUGGCAGACACAUUCCAACCACCGUUCAAGAGCUGUGUGUCGAAUGGAGUGGCCUGUGCCAUGUGCUCCUACAACCAGGUGAAUGGAGUUCCCUCUUGUGCUGACGGAGGCCUCCUCGCGGGAGUCAUCAGAGGAGACUGGAAACUCAAUGGUUACAUUGUUUCUGAUUGCGAUUCAGUGUCUGUGAUCUACAAUAAUCAGAAGUACACUAAAACACCUGAGGACGCUGCAGCUAUAACCAUUAAAGCCGGGCUUGACCUCGACUGCGGAUCUUUCUUGCCAAGCCACACGUUGGCGGCCGUCCAGGGCGGCAAGGUGACGGAGGCCCAAGUGGACAACGCAAUAACCAACAGCUUCGUGGUCUUGAUGCGUCUCGGCUUCUUCGAUGGAGAUCCUAGGAAUCUCGCCCCCUACGGCAAACUCGGCCCGCAGGACGUGUGCACGCCGGAGAACCAGGAGCUCGCUCGUGACGCAGCUCGUCAAGGCAUUGUUCUCCUCAAGAACUUCGAUGAUGCUCUUCCCCUCAAAGCCUCUGCCAUCAAGUCAGUGGCUGUCAUCGGCCCAAACGCUAAUGCCACCAGGACCAUGAUCGGAAAUUACGAAGGUGUCCCAUGCAAUUACACGAGCCCUCUCCAGGGGCUAUCAGCUGUCGUCACCACUAUAUACGAGCCAGGCUGCGCCACCAUCCAUUGUAGCCCGGAUGACCUCCACCUGGAUGGGGCCAAGAUCGCAGCAGCGCGGGCAGACGCCACAGUCAUCGUCGUCGGCGGUGACUUGUCUGUGGAGGCAGAGGGCUUGGACCGGGAGAGCCUGCUAUACCCAGGCGAACAGGGGACGCUCAUUACCGAGGUAGCGAAGGUGGCCAAGGGGCCGGUGAUCCUCGUGAUCAUGUCGGGAGGUCCUUUCCAGAUCAAACAAGACAAAGUUAACGUGAACAUCUCAAGCAUCCUCUGGGCGGGUUACCCUGGUGAGGCGGGCGGUGCUGCCCUAGCUGAUAUCAUCUUUGGACGGUACAACCCGAGUGGUAGGACACCUUUUACUUGGUACGAUCAAGAAUACGUCGAACAAGUUCCGAUGACGGAUAUGCGCAUGAGGCCAGAUCCAGCUUCCAAUUACCCCGGCCGCACGUACCGUUUCUACACCGGCAACCCCACUUACGCGUUCGGCUACGGGCUGAGCUACACACGGUACGAUCACAACCUAGUCCAAGCUCCCGAGAAGUUGUCAAUCACCCUCGAAGAAGGGCAUCCAUGCUACUCCGAGGGAUGCAACUCCCUGGACCUCGCCGGGAGUGCUCACUGCUCGGGCUUGCAGUUUGAUGUCCACUUAAAGGUGCAGAACUCCGGUGGCAUGGCUGGGAGCCACACUGUGCUCCUGUUCAACACCCCUCCUGCCGUUCAUAAUGCGCCGAGGAAGCAGUUGGUGGGGUUCGAGAAGGUGUUCUUGGAGCCCAACGAGUCGAAGAAUGUGGCGUUCCAAGUUGAUGCUUGUAGGGAUUUGAGUGUGGCGGAUGAGUCUGGGAAUUGGAAGGUGCCGUUGGGAUCUCAUGUCCUUCAUGUUGGUGACGUGACGCACACGUUGACUUUGAGCAUUUAG